AUGGUCCGCAACAUCCUUCUCUUCUCGGGCUCCUCCCACCCCCAGCUCACUGAGCAAAUCUGUACACACCUGGGUAUCCCACCUGCCAAAAUCCACCUCUCCAAGUUCAGCGUGGGCGAGACCCGCGUUGAGGUCGGCGAGAGUGUGCGCGGCAAGGACGUCUUCAUCGUCCAGUCGGCAUGCUCUACCAAACAUAGUGGCGGCAGUGGCAUGUCCCUGAACGAUGGCCUCAUGGAGCUCCUCAUCACCAUCUCCGCAUGCAAGACCGCCAGCGCGAAGCGAGUCACCGCGGUCCUCCCGCUCUUUCCGUACUCGCGCCAGAGCGAUCUGCCCUAUAACAAGGUCGGCGCACCGCUCGCACGUAUGCCCGCCAAGGCCGCAGACGACAAGUUCACGUUCGAGUCGAGACCUACUACGCCGGGCCCCAGCAGCCAGCCUAAAGAUGAGAGAUUGGAGAAGAAGCUGAAUGGUCUGCGCGUGAAUGGAGAGUUGAAGAUGCCGCGCAGGAAGGACACUUUGGAAAGCGUGACGUCAGACGCCUCUGUCGAGUCGGCACAGAAUGGAGCGCCUACUUCUGCACCAACCUCCGCCGGUCCAAAUCCAAGCCAUGUCGGAGCGCCUCCUGAGUUCAAGCCACAGCGUGGAUACAAGCAAUGGGUAGCUCAGGCCGGUACACUCAUUGCGGACCUUCUGACCUGCGCUGGCGCAGAUCACAUCAUCACUAUGGAUCUUCACGACCCGCAAUACCAGGGCUUCUUCGACAUUCCCGUGGAUAAUCUCUACGGACGACACAUGCUGAAGCGGUAUAUUACUCACGAGAUCUUGCCAAAGGAGGGCGGUGCAGACAACUGUGUCAUUGUCAGUCCAGACGCCGGAGGUGCAAAGCGGGCAACGAGCAUCGCAGAUUCGCUAGGAAUGGAAUUUGCGCUGAUUCAUAAGGUAAGCUGAAGCCGCCGAUGUCGUGCGAGUGAAAAUCACUCUGCACGACAUUGCUGUACAUUAGGAUUCCUGACCGGUUCUCUUGCAGGAGCGUCGCAACCCUGCUCGGCAGGACAGCUCUGGCCCACAACCCAGCAGUGCGCUAUUAUUGGUAGGGCAAGUUUCAGGCAGGACUUGUAUCCUGGUAGAUGAUCUGGCCGACACAUCCAACACCAUCACCAGAGCUGCCAAGCUUCUAAAGAAAGAAGGCGCCGAGAAGGUGUAUGCUCUCGUUACUCACGGCGUUCUCAGCGGAGACGGUGUCGAACGGAUCUUCCAUUCGGGUCUGGACAAGGUCAUCGUCACCAACUCCGUGCCUCAAGAGGAGCACGUGAGGAAAAUGGACGAGCUCGCAGCACAUUACGGUAAGCCUCCUGGCAAGCUCGAAGUUCUGGAGGUCGCGGGCGUCUUUGCCGAAGCCAUUCGCCGCGUCCACCAUGGAGAGAGUAUCUCCGUGCUCUUCCAGUACGACUAG